CUUCCUCUUCCUCCUCCUCCUCUUCUUCUUCUUCUUUUUCCUUUUUGUUUCUUGGAACACACUGCUGACCUUUCUAUCAAUUGUAGUCCCCACACAUUCAAAACACCUUUUUGUUUUUGUUUUUUUUUUUUUUUUGUUUUAAAAAAAAAAAAAAAAAUUAUUUUGAAUGGUUUUAGCUUCUGGGUUUUUGAAUAGGUUCCAAUUUUGGAAGUUCUAACUAGUCUUUUUGGGUAGAAGUUCUUGAUCAUUCUCAGUUUCAAAACUUUGAAUUGGAGGUGUAAUUGUUGAAUUUAAGCAGUUCCAGCUUCUGGGUAUUGCUUAAAGUUUUAAGUUUUUGUUCAUUUCAACUUUGCUCUGUGAGUACUAUUUAAGGGGGUUAGUGGGGGCUACAAUUGCACCACAUCAUAAGCUUGAAUCCUACAGACAAUGAUUCCGUUGUUUAACGGAUGCAUUCUAUUGACGUUUUACUCGGCUUUUGACAAGAAAUCUAUUGUUGAAAAAAGCUUUUAUUUUUGGAUCUUCCAGAUUUUUAAUAGGUGUAGGCACAUAACAACAAAGUUCUGAGAAUUUGUGCCUAAAUUUGCAAGCUUUGCUAUCUGUUCUUUUUUCUAGCUUGGCUGCUUUUAGAGAAUUAGAUAGUCUAGAGGAGUGUAACUAUGGGAGGGGCAUCACUCCCACCCGGAUUUCGGUUCCAUCCAACUGAUGAGGAAUUGGUGGGCUAUUACCUGAGAAGAAAAGUGGAGGGGCUUGAAAUUGAGCUGGAAGUUAUUCCCGUAGUCGAUUUGUACAAAUUCGAUCCAUGGGAGUUGCCAGAGAAAUCAUUCCUUCCAAAACGAGAUAUGGAGUGGUUCUUCUUCUGUCCCCGGGAUCGGAAGUACCCGAAUGGCUCAAGAACAAAUAGAGCCACCAAAGCUGGCUACUGGAAAGCCACUGGGAAAGACCGGAAGGUUGUCUGUCAGGAUGCUGUGACUGGGUAUCGCAAGACCUUAGUUUUUUAUCGUGGACGGGCUCCUUUAGGAGAUCGAACAGACUGGGUAAUGCAUGAGUAUCGCCUCUCUGAUGAUCUUUCACUAGGAUCAUCAAGUUUUCAGGGACCUUUUGCUUUGUGCCGCGUUAUAAAGAAGAAUGAGAAUGGACAGAAGAUGAAUGAUCACGGAGAGCCAAAAGCUAAGAGGGUUGGAAGUAGUUCGAGCAAUGUGGAUUUCACCUCUACUAGAGCCUCGAAUGAGCCCAUCAGCAUCUCCAAUUACCUGCAAAAUGAGAGUCAAUAUUCUAGCCCUAUCACCCCUCCUCAUGAAGUUACUCCAAUGGCAGAAUUUGAGCCUUCCUUGAUGGAGACCAAUCCCACAAGUUUCUGGGUCGCACCUGAACUAAUUCUUGAUUCCUCAAAGGAUUAUCCACUAGUACAAGAAGCUGUAUCUGAAUACUUUCCACAGUAUCAGUUUCCAGGGGACAUUGAAGUUGCUGAGGAUCUGAGUCGAAUUGGCUGCAUGUCACCUUACUCUGGACAUGCAAACUACAUGGACCUUUUUGGCAAUGAACAUAUGCCAUAUGAAGGCUAUGACCAGACCAAUUCGCUGAGAUAUCCACAUCCUUACUGAAAAGGAUAGGAUCAUAGCAGCUCUAUUUUCAAUGCAAUAUUAGAAUGACCAAGCUCCAGUUUUCUGACAAGCAAGUGGAGUUGGGAGUUUGGGGCAACUUAGUGAUCUAUUGUUGCAAGAGGAUGACUUGGUGAUUGUUAUGCAGGACCUGCCUUGGGUAGGAUUUAUCAACUAUGAGUACCUUGCAUUUUUAUCAUCUAGAAGGGUAUCUGAGACAACGCCUUUUAAUGUUGGUUCUUGGAA